UGAAUAAUCUGCAGGUGGCCCGCGGUUCGUGAUCCAUCCACGAGCCACACACAUCCACCCCGUCACCUCAGCUUCGCUCCCACGAAGACAGAGUUCGGUCCUGUUCCCGCGCCGUGGGAGAGGCGGAGGAAAAAGAGAGCGAGAGAUUGAAUGGGUUCCACCGGCGCCACCGCCGUCCUUCUGUCCUGCGUCGUGCUGUCCAUUGUCGCCGCCGGCUCCGCCGCGUCGGACAAACCGCUCAUCAUAUCAAAUGCGGCCCUUUUAGCCUCGCCCCCGGAGGCAUCGUCGUCGUCCGGCCGCAAACUGGGGGGCUUCAUGGAGGCAGGGCUGUGCCCGCUGCAGCUGGAGCAUCUGAAGCAGAUGGGCAAGGUACAGAGCAGCUGCUUGGGACAGGCGACCCCGCAGCCGCGGUGCUGCACGGCGUUCAAGGACUUCGUGUGCCCCUACGGGGCCACGAUGAACGACAUCGACAACGGCUGCGCCGGGGAGAUGAUGGCGACGAUCCAGGAGCUCUGCAAGGUGCCCAAGGGCUACUUCGCCAUGUGCGGGGAUUCACCCCAGGGCAUCACGUGCUGACCUGAGUGACUGAUUGAUUAAGUGCUAAGAUUAGCCGGUGCCAUCGACGAUGACGUACGUUUAAGCUGUUUCUUCUUGCUCUCAUUUUUCUUACUUUUUUUUGCGAUGGUAAAAGAAUUUUAUUCCAUAUUCAUAGGGUUACAAUCAAGUGGCAAAAGCUCCUGGAUACAAGGAGGGCCCUGCCCAAGCCAUACAGCUGUAGUGCUCUCUGUACGACUAUACAUAGUCAAACGAUCUGCUACCCUAUUAUGUUCUCGCUUAAUUUUCAAAAGA